CCUCAAGCUAAUAUCUUCCUCUUUUGUGAUCAAAAUCUUUUUCUUUUGUCUCUUAAAAACUUUGUUUCAUUAAUUCAUCAUCCAAUGGCUGAUAUAGUUGUGAUUUUUGAUUUCGAUAAAACAAUUAUCGAUUGUGAUAGUGAUAACUGGGUGUUGGAUGAAUUGGGUGCUACAGAGUUGUUCAACAAACUCCUCCCUACCAUGCCUUGGAACCCUCUUAUGGAUCGAAUGAUGAAAGAACUACAUUCACAAGGAACGAAAAUUGAGGACAUUAAAGCUGUUCUUAAAAGGACCCCGAUACAUCCUCGAAUCAUCCAGGCCAUUAAAUCGGCUUAUGCUUUGGGAUGUGAUUGUGAAGUUGUAAGCGAUGCUAACGUGUUCUUUCCAUCGAGUACAAUCUUGAAACAUCAUGGCCUGAGGGAAUACUUUUCAGAGAUCAAUAGAAACCCGGGUUUCGUUGAUGAAGAAGGCAGGCUACGUAUCUUCCCUCAUCAUGAUUUCACUCAAUCUCCUCAUGGAUGUCAUCAUCCCUGCCCUCCAAAUAUGUGCAAGGGUACUGUGAUUGAAAGGAUUCAAGCUUCUAUGUCCAUGGAGGGGAAGAAAACAAUAAUUUACCUGGGUGAUGGGGUUGGUGAUUUCUGCCCGAGUUUGAAGCUUGGAGAUGGAGACUACGUGAUGCCCAGGAAGAAUUUCCCUGUUUGGGACUUGAUAUGCGAAAACAGGAGGCUAAUAAAGGCAGAAGUAUGCGAAUGGAGCAAUGGAGAUGAGUUUGAGCAUGUGUUGCUCCAUCUUAUCAGCAGGAUUUCCAUUGACAGAAACAACAGUGGCAAUAGUUCUGCUCAGCUGUAUUCAGUUGACUGCAAACCCCAAACACGCGCGGCGCAGCCCAUGGAAAAGCCUUCUCCCAUGCCCUUUUAUGUUCCUCAUUAGAAAGUAAACGUUGUUGUUAGAAUGGCUAAUGCCAAGGCUUAGCAAGUUAAUUUCUGACAACUUUAUGUCUUUCAGCUUUCGAGAAUGCAGUGAAUCGAGUAGCAGUGUAUCUUUUUUAUAGA